AAUCAUUUAUUUGAAUACAGUUUUUGUGAAUGCCAACAAUUGCAGUACAUUUACCUGGAUUUUUUGAAUGGAAAUUAUAUGUACAGAGCUGCACCUAAAGUCUAUGAAGUAUGCUCGAAGGUGAGGAAAUUCUGAAAAAAGUGGUAUACAAGGCGGUACUUUAGUAAAUCGAUACGAUUUACGGUUUGGUAGGAAAGGAGAACGAUUUUAGAAUUUGGUGGAUUCGAUGAGAUUGAAACAAAGAAGGAGAAACACGUGUAACAAGGUCACCAAAAUUUUCGAACGGUGUAUUGCUUGAGACAUGUGAUUUUGUCGAUGAAAACGCCCCUUGUGCUUGUUUCUUCGCGAGCGAACGCCUCUGUAAUAUUUCGACUUAUACGCAAACAAACGAAGUAUUGUGGACGUCGCUAUAACUUAUUUUCAAGCGUUUUUUGUUGAUUAAAGUAAAAACUGUAUCAUAUUUAUACAGACGAUAAAAUUGAAUCAGCAAACAUUCAAAAGCUGGCAUGGUCGUAUGCGAAUUAGGCGUUACUUAUAGAUGCGCUCAGAUCUGUAGAACAUCAAGACAUGCUUAUGCUAGCUCUCUGCGUGCAAAGUGGCAGAAUCACCGAGUUUUAACUUUUUAUUGGUAGAAAUAGGUUUUGAAAGCACACACAGACUUUAGGUGCAUGCCUCUACUGGGACUCGACUUGUCCAACGUAGAAUAGGUUUGGCUUUAUAAAGCUGACAUUCGCAACAUUGAGGACUUGAAGACAACAUAUACACACCAAAAAGGGCCAUUGCGGUUUGGUUUAUGGCAGGUGCAGAAUGUAUAUGUCCGGUAUUUUUUUAAUCCACAUGUGUGGCUUUUUAUUUAUUGCUCUCACCUUGUUACCAUGAUCAGUGGGCUACUGAUAUUCAAAUGGGGUCAACGUGGCGCUAGGUCUAGGGAGAUUGGAAGAGCACAUGACAGGUCAUCUUCUGUUGGUUCUGACAGGUUAUUUUGUCAAAGUAAAUCAAGGACUUUACGCUCCGGAACUUCUUCGGCGUUUAGACAAGUAAAGUUUUGUGUUUAUUGUACCGUAAACGAUUCGCUUUCUGAAGAGGGUCUGUCUUAUUUCGCUAGACCGAGGCAGGAACAUGUAGACCAAAGCUCAAGAGUUGAAGACGAAAACACAAUCAAGGGCAUACUGAGGAAAGAGGACGUACUUUCGAACGGGCUAGAAGCAAAAUCGGGUUCAAAUAAAUCCAGGCGUUGGAAAUGGAUUGUACACGAUAAUUUGGGCGACGAUGAGCUCGGAAUGAGGCUACAUCGGUGGUUUUCGCUACGGUACAAACAUGUGCCUCAUUCUCAUUUUCAAAAAUUGCUGAGGGAAAAGAAGGUUCAAGUUUGCUCUUCCGGUGAAAAAGACGGUAAAUGGACUUGCGCUAAUGCGCAAUUGUAUACUUCGCGUGGGAUGUCCAUCCGGGUCCGUCUUUUAUCUUCGGACUACGAAAACGUGAAUGCGCCAGCAAAAACGUCUUUCGAUCAGAGAGUUAUCAAACAAGUGCAUUCCUGGGUUAUUUACAUGGACGCUUCUAUCAUUGUUGUAAACAAACCGCCUGGCUUGGCCGUUCAAGGUGGGACGGGAGUCAAGAAGUCUUUCAACGAUUUUUUGCCAAUCCUUCGCUAUGAUUCCGAUGAAAAUCCGCGUCUGGUUCAUCGCCUCGAUCGCGACGUGGGCGGCAUAAUGGUCUUGGCUCGGACUAGGCGCUCUGCCCAAAUCCUCAGCAAGGAGUUCUCCACGCGCCAGCUGCGAAAGUUAUACUGGGCGGUAUGCCUCGGAGUACCGAAACGACUAACAGGACAAAUAAAGGUAAAACUGCUAGAAUGUCAGGAAAUUGAUGAGAAGCCGGGCAAGGUUAGAGUUGUCGGACUUCCUUCAUCCGAAGGCCGUUCAGAUUUGCAUUCAGAUGUUUCAUCUCCGCAAAGCAGCAAGAACUCUGUUACUCGGUACCAUACGUUGAUGCACGUCCAUACGCUUGUUUCCGUUUUAGCUCUUCAACCCCUUACGGGCAGGAAGCAUCAACUUCGUGUCCACUGUUCGCAAGUUUUAAAUUGUCCCAUCUAUGGCGAUUAUAAAUACGGGAUAGGGUGUCCAGAAAACAUGUUAGAAUUUUUCAAUCGUUCAGAUUGUCAGGAUAUACAGCUUCAUUUACAUUCGAAAGAAAUUGCUUUUCGGCAUCCAGAAACCCGUACAGCGGUUCAUUUUGUUGCACCUCUGCCCGAGUAUAUGUCUUCGACCCUCAAAGAGCUGGGAAUCAAUCAUUCGGCACUAGAAAGAAAUCCACACGCCCAGUUGAGCCGUUCAGAAAGAAACUGCGAGCCAUACGAGUUCGUAUUCAGAGAAAAUUCAUUGACUAAGAAACGGAGGACGAAAAAAAUCAAAGAAACGCGGCUCCAGCAAAAAAAUCAGGACAAAAAACUUAGUAAAAAACCCGCUAAAAUUCGAAGCAAAGUGGAUUACAAGAAAAGGACCACAACGCCUCGUUCGAGUGGCAAAAGAAAAUUGAACUGAGAAAGAAACAAAAAAAACUGGACGCUUUGUUUUUUUUUUUUUGAAUUACUGACAAACACCUGUUAAUUAUAGGAGUCA